GAAAUGCUUCUUUCUAUUCGUUCAUUAUUUAUUUCAGAUUGUUCUCUCUCUUUCUCUCUGUCUAUGAUCUUUCUCCUCUAAUUCUCACUAUUACAGGAGCAAGCAGGGAGCUAUGGAGUAAUAUUCAACUAAAUCAAGUAUGCAUGCAAAGGAGAAAAAGUGAAUAGGAAUUUGAUUCUCCCCAAACCUUGAAGCAGAAUAAUUAAGCAUCUGCUAGCUGCCAAUAAGGGACGACAGGCUUCACAAGAAACAAUUCUGCUUAUCUUUCCUUUUUUUCCCCUUCUAUUAAUUCCAAGUCUAACCGCAACCAUACUCCUUUCCUUCUUAGAUUAUUCUAAAUUUGGAGUAGUGCAUAUAACUGUGGAAACAAACAAGAGAAAUGACUCACUGCAAUGAUCUUGGUCAGGAAGACCAAAUAAUCAAUGCCAAAGAUGACCUAACCAUCAGAACAUGCCCUUCGUGUGGUUAUCAGAUCAAAUAUCAGCAACAGGCCGGAAUUCAAAACUUGCCGGGGCUGCCAGCCGGAGUCAAGUUUGAUCCUACGGAUCAAGAGGUGCUUCAACAUUUGGAGGGAAAGGUGUGGAGCAGUAUUGAUAUCGCUGUAGGUAAUAAGCUCCACCAUCAUCCUCUGAUAGAUCAGUUCAUCCCUACAAUUGAAGGAGAGAAUGGAAUUUGCUACACUCAUCCACAUAAGUUGCCAGGAGUUAGCAAAGAUGGGCUGGUACGCCAUUUCUUCCAUCGACCUUCCAAGGCUUACACAACAGGAUCUAGGAAAAGAAGAAAGGUGCACACCGAUAGGGAUAGCAGCGGCGAGGGAGGUGAGACGCGAUGGCACAAGACAGGCAAGACCAGACCAGUAUUUGUUGGUGGCAAAGUGAAAGGGUACAAAAAGAUACUUGUGCUCUACACUAACUAUGGGAAGCAAAGAAAGCCUGAGAAAACCAACUGGGUAAUGCACCAGUACCACCUUGGCAACAAUGAAGAAGAGAAAGAUGGAGAGCUUGUGGUUUCCAAAGUGUUCUACCAAACACAACCUAGACAGUGUGGUAACUCAGGUAUGAAGGAUUUCAAUAAUAACUCUGUGAAAUUAAUGAAGGGACAAAGUGAGCACAAUGUGGCACUUGUUCAGUAUUGUAACAAUGGCAAUUCCUUCAUAUCCUUUGAUCAAAGUGGCCAGGAUAGAUCGAUCAGUAAUCCUCAGAUAAUCCCUCAUCAUUUUCCUCUACAUGAUGGGUCGUUUGUUUCUUUGAAAUAAGGUUUCUACCGAGUAGCCGGGAGGUAAUAAAGGACAAUAGAUAUGUACAUCAGCUCAAUAAAGGCAAGUCUGGCCUAUAUUUCUCUGAAAAUUGUGAAUGAUUAAGUGAUUAUUUCGCAUGGCGGAAGAGGGAAGAAAGUGAUAACUUUUUUAUUUUUCAAUUUAUUAUUUAUCUUCACAUACUUUGUAAAUGUACAAUGAACACAAGUGUUUGAGGUAUGCAUGUCCAUCCAAAGAAUUGAAGAUUUGGUCAUGCUUU